AUGAGUGGCAACGCGAUGGACAAAAUGGACGAGUUCUUCGACUUUGCUGCGCUUGAACACGAUUCCGCGCUCCACGCAACCAAGCCAUCUCAUCAAGAGCAGAAUCUGCUCUUUCCACCUGCCGCCAAUGUCACGACUAUGGAUUGGGCUACGGUCCCAAUAGCCGCGACCCGUUCCGUGGAUGCCACGCAACGUUGGGAUGACACCAUGAACGAUCCUCCCCAAGACCCUUCGAUUAGUCAGGCUGGCCAGCAAUGGCCGUUGUUUUCAGUUCCUGAAUGGUCAUCACCUGUGAAUGUGAACCCCACAUUAGACUCUACGCUCGCUGGAGACUCAACCCAUGGUGAAAAUCCAGAUCCUGCCUUCGCAUCGUUGUCAUCAAUUGAUGCCCCGUAUCCAGACCUUCAUCGUGUCAAUGAUGAUAACAUACCUGGUACAUCCCAGCCCGAAUCUACAUCCUGGGACAGCCGGUCUGCAGCCCAGGCCAACCCUCCUCCUGAAGUGGCAGUUUUGCCUGCCAGUCCAACUGCAUCAAUCCAACAAGCCCCCAACGCCAACCGGAAGCCUGCAUCAGCGAAGCGGAAAGGUACUCAAAGCCGCAUUCCUAUCGAGGCAAAACAGAUUCUCGAGGAUGAAUUCGCUACCAAUGCAUAUCCAUGCUCAUGGGAAAUGGACAUUAUUGCUCAUCAGGCCAAUCUUGACGUCAAAAAAGUUCGCAAUUGGUUCAAUAACACUCGGGCAAGAAAGAAAUGUGAAGAUCUGCAACCUGCUGCGCAAACUGGCACGCCUAGUGGAUACUCAUUCAACCCAAGACUUUCAAGAGAUAGUCUGGAAAGCUUGGAUAAACAAGCAGACAGUGCGCUGUCACCACCACAGCCACCGUUGGCCAUGUACCUUGCUCAGUCCUAUCAAGAAGAAGGUUUGGCGCUAUCCGCAGUAGAAUCGGCAAUCUAUGAGCACUCGGUCAGUGGGAGCUGCCAGGACGACACAUGGUCGGGAUCGAAACAAGGCCGUAGAGGUUCUGUCAUCACCUCAAUUGCCUCCUCCGAAGGCACUGCACCGACUACCUAUACAGUAUCAUCUAGCGGUAGUCGCAGUAAUAUCUCAUCUUUCGGUCGAGACCGGCGGCGCGGCCGACGUCGCAUGGCAUGGAAGGAGUCACCUCGCCAAGCUAUCAACGGCGUCAACAGUGCGGGCGAGCCACAGAAAGACCUGCCCUUUUUCUGUACCUUUUGUCCCCGAGCGUUCAAGACAAAGUACGAGUGGGUCCGUCACGAAGACUCCGUACAUGCACUUCGCACCACCUGGAUAUGCUGUGACACGAAGCCAGCCGCAGUUCUUGAAGUGUGUCCUUUUUGUGGUCAAGUCAGUCCUGACGACGCACACCUGGCUGGACACAGGUAUCAGCAAUGUCGGAGCAAGCCCGAAUCACAACGGACCUUUUAUCGCCGCGAUCACUUCAUCCAGCAUCUGCAUCAUGUACACUUUGGAAACAGCAAACAUCCAUCAGUGCGGGUCGGCUGCCAGGCGCGACUACUAGCCGCCGAGGGCCACAACUUUGGCUGCAAAGACCUUACAAUGAAGUGGCGUCGCUUCGGUGCUCCUAUGAAGAUUGACGACCCCAUGCUUCACUGUGGGUUCUGCGGUAAGAAAUCAAAGGAUUGGUCUGAAAGAUGUGAGCAUGUUGCCGAGCAUCUCAUUGCGCGUGAGGUGGAUCGUGGUGUCUGGUGGACUGAGCGCAAGGAGAAUCACUUGGAGAAUCUUUACUCGGCAUCACCCUACGAGUCGUUCCGUUGCCGGUACUGCCAAAAGGUGUUCACAGACGUCAAGGAAGUGAUGGAGCACUCGCAUUGCCGCGUCUGGAGCUGUCGAUUUCUACGAAGUUUUGAUGACGUCGCUGCCGACACUCCAAGCCCUCCUCUCGGAACAGAAUUUCCCUCAGCAAAGGGCCAUCAUUGUCAUUUAUGCGGCGCAGGAUAUCGAGCCUUCCACAUGGAACAUGCCCAACAUCAACAUCGCUACCGCUCAUGCAACCAAGAAUUCUACACAUCCGAGGAGUCCUUCCUCCAGCACCUCCACAACUUCCACGGCGCAUCCCAGCCCGCACUCCUCCGCGGCAACGGCGUCAUAGAGCAAAGCUUCAUGCGCAACAAAGGCGGCUCCUUCGAACCCGUCGAGUUCAAUGAGAGCUGGCAACCCUGUGUCAUGGACCUCGACGUCGCAUCCGUCAGCCCCUUCGUAGCAGACAACACGCGCUCGCCCCCGCCGAAGAAAACGCAAACACAAUCCAAGAAGGCGCUGUCCGUAUCCAAGAAACCCCGCGAAGCAGUGCAGGUCACGCAGAAAAUACACAGACAGCGCGCAGCCAGUGCAGCAUCGAAAGCUGAAAGCAAUGGACCUCGUUUCUUUAGGCUGGUUACUCACGUCCCGUUUCUUUACUCGCGUGUUUUUUACUCGAGACAGGCUAAGGCGUCGAAUUUGACCAAGGAUGGUAAGACAUCGUUAGAGGAAAUACCCAGGCCGCACGUUGCGGCGUUAGUAAUGAGCGCGGCGCUGGUUGGUAUGGCGCCUGCUCGUUUGCCUAUUCGUCCCGAGCGGGAUAUAGUGAGUGGGAUGGUCGAACUGCGUCUUGACGGCGAAAUGAAAACGGAGUAG